AUGUUUCCUAAAAUCACAUGGUUUUUAUCAGUAUCGUUAAUUGUUGCCUUUUCAAGUGAAACCGGAAGCGAAAGCGAAGUUCAUUUAGAUGUUGCGUUAACCCCUGGAUAUUUGAUCCAUUUAGCAAAAGCGGAAAUCGGGUUGAUCAAGUUAUUUGAAGAAUUUUCUAUGAAGAAGGAUUUCAAAAAAUAUGCAGCAAGGAAACUUAUCAUCGGAUAUUUGGAAGAUUUUAACAAAACCUCUGGAAAAGUAUUGUCCAGCACGAAACGUAAAAUCGAUUGGUUUAAGGCGAUGGAAGUCGUGAAAAAUCCAAUCGCCCUGAUUCGAAUGACGAAUCGAUUUGUCACAAUGUUGCAACCACUCCGAGAAAAAUUGACAGAUUUUGAUCUGCUCCAAAAAAUAAAGGAAGUCUUGGGAUCAAUCGCACUUCCAAGUUUAGACGAUCACUACGAAGCAAUAGAAUCGCUGCUAAACCUUCAACAGUUUUAUGACUUGAAACCCGUUGGUUUGGUCACCGGUAAAAUUUUCACUACCGACACGGGCGUCCCUCUCGAUGCAAAUCAUGCCCUAGAAAUUGGAAAUUACGCCAUGACCAAGAAAAUGUACACGCUAGCUCUGCCCUGGUUUUGGAUCGUUAUAAGUAUGAAACUACCCGAGAAAAAUUUUGUGGAUAACGUCACCAAAAAUAUUGCCGCGUUAAUUCAGCAACACGACUCCGACUACGAUACGCACUUAUCCAAAGGUUUAUUUUACUUUGAGGAGAAAUUGGCAAAUAAUUUAUUCUCCCGAACCAUGCGGGAUGUUAAGAUGGAUCUUUAUCAUGGGAUACGACUACCCGGACAUGAAAGCUAUGAGAGUGAAAUUACCUACUAUAAUUUGCUAAAUGUCUGCAAUGGGCGGGAUUUCGUGACUGAAUGCGAUCGGAAGCAUUUGUUUUGCACCUUUGACACCAAAAAGCAUCCCUACUUCAAAAUUAACUCGGUAAAACUAGAAAUUUUGAGCUGGGAUCCGUACGUGGUUUUAUUGCACAAAGCUAUUCCGACCGAAUUUUUCGAGUACACGUGGGGAACAACGGUUUCACUUUCGAUCGUAAAUUCAACCGUGCCAAAAAGCUCCUUGAGAUUAGAAAAGAGUGGGACGCCUUUGGAGAAAGCGGUGCAGAAGUCGAUAAGCCCGCGAAAUGGCGUUACGCACAGGAUACAUCCAUCGCCGAAUAAAGUCAGAUUUACAGACGAGCAAGUGGGAAUGGAUCUGAUAAAAAAGAUGGAAAUGUUAACUGGUUUAAACAUUCGAGGAAAUGGGUCUGACCCAUUUGUCGUCAAUUCCUAUAUUCACGGUAAUCCGGUCGGAAUCCACGUUGAUCAUUUGUACGGUCACAACGACGAGUUGAUGGCUAUUAGAGGUCACAGACUCGCGUCAACUAUAAUUUAUAUGACCGAUGUUGAGAUUGGUGGAGGAACAGCAUUUCCUAGUUUGGGAUUUAGUGCAAAAGCCGCCGCUGGGAGCAUGCUAUUCUGGUACGGGGCCCACACGAAUGGCGAUAUCGACUUCCGAACGGCACAUGAGGGUUGUUACGCCGCCUUGGGGCUGAGAUGGGUCGGGGUCAAAUUUAUUCGACAAUGGGACAACUUUAUGAGAAAGAAAUGUUCUCCGAAAAGAAACCAGUGGCUACUUGAUUAA